UCCUAUAUUACAUCCAACAGAAAAAAAAUCAUAUUCAGAAUACAACAAAAAAAGAACGAAAGAUGAACUUCCUCUCCGAUCAGGUAAAGAAGUUUUCAGACUCCAAACCAGAGGAGCCAGAGAACACCAAGCCCGUAGAAGGAACCGAAACAGCCAACAGACCAGCUUCACCCUCCGAGCUCAUGACCAGUGCCAAGGUUGUAGCCGAAGCUGCUCAGGCCGCGGCUCGUAACGAGUCAGACAAACUCGACAAGGCUAAAGUCGCCGGAGCCAGCGCUGAUAUCUUAGAUGCCGCGGAGGAAUACGGAAAGUUCGAUGAAAAGAGCAGCGCUGGUCAGUACUUCGACAAGGCCGAGAAGUAUCUAAAAGAUUUCGAGUCCUCCGGCGCCGUCGUUACUCCUCCCACGGAUAUCGAUGCUCCUCCUCCGACAAAUCAGGCUGUACGCUGAAGAGGAGUCUGGUGGUGGGUUGGGAGAGGUUAUGCUAAGAUGCUCAAGGUUUCAUGAAGUGGUUAUUGAUCUUUAUUAAUUGUUAUUAUAUCGUGUAUUAAUAAAUUUAAAUAAGUUACGUACGUUUAGUAUGGGGAUAUAAAACUAAAUAACCAAGUACGUAAGUAAUCAUGUUGCAUCGUUUACUAUGGCGAGCGGAUGUAAUCUAUCUUUUGUCAUUGUUGUGUCCUUAAUCUAUCUAUAUUUGUUGUUAUUA